AUGGCCGCCUUUUUGUUGAGGGCCGUGAUGCUGCUCGCCGCCAGCGCCAGCGCGCUGAAUCUCCCCAUGGCGGGCCGGCCAGCCAGUGCGACGGAGAUGCGCGGCGCGGCGAUGAAGCUGCACACGCGCGACCAGUCGCCCCGCGAGGGCCAACAGCCCGCCCAGAUGAUCGGGAAGUCGAUGAGCGACAAGCUCCUCGGCGGGCGCACGCUCCACUUUUACCAGUGGCAGGGCGACGUCAAGGCGGACCUACUGCCGCGGCUGCGCGGCCGCAUUGACGCAAUGGCGGCGGCGCGCAGCCCUAGAAGCGGAGCGUGGGAUCGCGAGCAGAAGGACGCCUGCCUGGCCGAGACGGCGGCUUCCUUCAAAGGGGGCGGCUCGCUCCUCUCGCACAUUCGCGGUCCUCGCUGA